AUUUUAAGAUGAUUGAAAUAGCAGUACGUUAAUUCUCCGUAAUAACUUAAAUGAAGUCAAGAACUUCAGGGUUGGAGCUAUGUCCGUGCGGAAGUGUCAGCUAUCAACCAUUGCAGAUUCUGUCCUUAUACUGAAUUGGGUUGGGUCUUCUUCAGCAUCGCAGUACGUUAAAGAAUUGAAGGACUCAACAUGGUUGAACGCUAACAAAGUCUUUCAGUAUUGUCGUGAGAGCCUUCCUGAACAUGUUGAGUGGUUACGCUCAUGGCUUUCUUGUCUGGAUGAAUUGUGCGCAGUUGUUGGAGAGCAUUUUCCAUACGGUCUAAAAUGGAAUAAAAAUGGUCCCAAACUACCCUUACCAACUGUUGAAAUACGCCCAAUUCAGUCUUUGCAAGAGGGUCGUACCAAUACACAUGAAAGAACAUCAAAAAAGGCUUUUCAUCCCAAAUUAUCAGUACAAUCACAACCGGAUCCAGUUGAUGUCACUAAGUUGUUUGCUGAAUUAGCAAGUGCUCAUAAAAAUUUACGCCAUAUCAGUGUAUCUGAUAUACUCUGA